AUGAAUUUGGCCUGUAACAACACCAGUGACCGGAAACACGCAGACUCAAUUUUGGAGAAGUACGUUACUGAAAUUGUCAUGAGUAUCGUUACCACCUUCUUCAGUUCUCCCUUCUCAGACCAGAGCACGACGCUGCAGACUCGCCAGCCUGUCUUUGUGCAACUGCUGCAAGGUGUGUUCAGGGUUUACCACUGCAACUGGUUAAUGCCGAGCCAAAAAGCCUCUGUGGAGAGCUGUAUUCGGGUGCUCUCUGAUGUAGCCAAGAGCCGAGCCAUCGCUAUUCCUGUGGACCUGGACAGCCAAGUCAACAACCUCUUUCUGAAGUCCCACAGCAUCGUACAGAAAACUGCCAUGAACUGGCGUCUGACUGCCCGUAAUGCGGCUCGCAGAGACUCUGUUCUGGCAGCUUCUAGAGACUACCGGAAUAUCAUUGAGAGAUUGCAGGACAUCGUCUCAGCCCUGGAGGACCGUCUAAGGCCCCUGGUCCAGGCAGAGUUAUCUGUGCUCGUGGAUGUGCUCCACAGACCUGAGCUGCUUUUCCCAGAGAACACAGAUGCCAGAAGAAAGUGCGAAAGUGGUGGCUUCAUUUGCAAGUUAAUAAAGCAUACUAAACAGUUGCUAGAGGAGAAUGAGGAAAAACUCUGCAUUAAGGUCCUACAGACCCUCCGAGAAAUGAUGACCAAAGACAGAGGCUAUGGAGAAAAGCUCAUUUCCAUUGAUGAAUUGGAUAAUGCUGAGCUCCCACAAGCUCCGGAUUCUGAGAACUCCACAGAGGAGCUUGAACCGAGCCCCCCCCUGAGGCAACUGGAAGACCAUAAAAGGGGUGAGGCGCUCAGGCAAAUUUUGGUCAACCGUUACUAUGGAAACAUCAGACCUUCAGGAAGAAGAGAAAGCCUCACCACCUUUGGCAAUGGCCCGCUGUCACCAGGAGGACCCAGCAAGCCUGGGGGAGGAGGGGGAGGCUCUGGGUCCAGCUCCACGAGCAGGGGUGAGAUGAGCCUGGCUGAGGUUCAGUGCCACCUCGACAAGGAGGGUGCCUCCAAUCUGGUCAUCGACCUCAUAAUGAAUGCGUCCAGUGACCGAGUGUUUCAUGAAAGCAUUCUCCUGGCCAUCGCCCUCCUGGAAGGAGGCAACACCACCAUACAG